AUGGCUUAUCAGCUAUACCGUAAUACCACCUUGGGGAACACGCUUCAAGAAACUUUAGACGAGCUAAUCGUUUACGGUCAAAUCUCUCCAACAUUGGCGAUGCGUGUCCUGACUCAGUACGACAAGUGCAUCAACAACGCCCUUGCCAAUCGCGUGAGAGCGAGAGUUCAGUUCAAAGCUGGGAAGCUCACCACCUACCGUUUCUGUGACAAUGUAUGGACUCUCAUGCUUAGCGAUGUUGAGUUCAAAGAAGUUCAUGAACUUGUUCGCGUAGAGAAGGUAAAAAUCGUUGCCUGUGAUGCGAAAGGUGGGGCUUCGAACAAAGAAGGCCCGAAAGAGAAAGAGUGA